AUGCAGAAUGAUGAAUUGAAUUACGACAAACAUAAGUCAAUCAAGAAUUGUGUGAACAACUGUCAGUCUGAUAGUGAUUGUAAAAAUCCUCUACAAAUCUGUUGUAAAUCUGAUUGUCAUCAACAAUGUACACUUCCUGUUUAUAAUGAACUUGUUCCUCCAUUAUCAAUAUAUCUUAAUUCAACAGUAUCAUCAACUAACUCUAAUAUUAUGAAAUUAUUUUGGUCUGAUCUGUAUAAAGAUUUAACUACUCCAUUGAAUCCAAUUGUAUUCAUUCUACAAGUACGAAUAUGUACAUGUCAAGUAUUUGAUGAAAAUUAUUCAUCUAAAUGGCAAACAUUAAUCAUGACGCAUGAAUUUGGAGCCAAUCUUGAAGCUUUUGAACCUGGACGAUUGUAUCAAUUUCGUAUUGCUGCUGUCAGCAUACAUGGUACAAGAGGAUUUGGUUUAAGUACAAAAGCCUAUCCAAUAGAUCCAGUGAAGCCAAAACCACCUGGACCACCUAGAAAUGUAACAGAUUCAAUGUGGAGAUUGUAUUCCUCAGGUAAAAUUAGUCUCCUGUUAAGAUGGCAACCACCGAUUCAUAGUGAUCUCCCAGUUAGUGAAUAUCUGAUAAACUGGUCUAUUGACCAUGGUUAUCUGCAACCGGAUGGACGAUCUCUUGAGGCGCUCAUUCAAUUCACACAAACUGUCAGUGCAGAACGUACAGAAUGCGUUUUACGCAACCUCAAGCCAGUAACAUCAUACAAAAUUCAGGUAAAGGCAGUUUCUCACUGGUAUGGGUUCGGUAGUUUAGAAUCACAACCAAAUACUAUUUUUCUUUCAACUCAGUCAAUACAUCCAGCUUUUCAUCAACAAAACAUUGAGCCAGUACAAACACCAAUACCAGCUAGAAAAGUAAAAUCAUCAGCAGAACUUUCACUACAACCAAAUCUACCCACUUGUGAAUGUGGAUCAACUUUACAGCCUCUUUUAUUGAAGAGAAUAUUCUAUGACAACAAGAGGUUAAAUGCCGUACUUCAUAUAAACAUCUCCAUUGAGGAGGAUUCUACAAUGCUUAUCCAGUGGUUCCCACAAGUUUGCAUCGAUUCAAAUGAUCCUUCACCAACUACAAUAACUCAUACAAUGAUAUUGAAACCUAAAGAUGAGAAGGUCGUCUUUGAAAAUCUUUAUUUUAACUGCCGUUAUAGUGUACGAAUUCGAGUAUAUAAAGGAGUUUUCGACGAAACAUAUCUCAGAAUGGUGACAUCGGCAAUUUCAACGGAGAAUCGUUAUUUUGACUCGAGAGAUUAUUAUGCUUGUUUCUGUACACCAUCGUGUUUAGAUGUUGAGGUGAACCACGGUGAACCACCAGAUGACUGUCCAGCACCAGCCCCGGAACCACCUUCUCCACCUACUCAACUUAAAGUAGUUCACAUGGGAAAUUUAAACUAUCUUAUAUCAUGGGAACAACCAAUGAGUAGUCAAGGUAGAAAAACUAGAACAGUCAACAAAAAUACACGUCUUUCACUUACCAAUAAAUUGAACAGAAAUUCAACAAAAUAUCGAAUUAUAUGGGCACCUAGAAUUCAGGAACCAGUUGACGAAUCAAUGUAUAAUGAUGAGAUCGGCUUCAUCCCAAUAAUGGAUAUACAACAAACUGAUGUUAGAGUAAUUGACAAGGAUCAGACAUGGAUUGCACUGAAACAGCUGAAGCCAAAUACUUUCUAUAUUGUACGUGUUCAAACUCUAAUUAUUUCGCACAAUGGUAUGGAAAGAGAAAGUAAUCCAGUCUCCUUGUAUUUCACUACUACUCGUGAUCAGGAAAUGAAAAGAUCUUUAACACUUAAGUCAGAUCAGUAUAAACUGAAGAAUUCAAGUUCUUCUCAUCAGGUAGUUACUGGAAUCAACAUAUCUCUGAUUCAUUUAUUUAUAUUGUUUUCUCUUCGAAGCAUUUAUUACCUGUAA